CUGAGGAAGAGGAGGAGGAGGAAGAGCAGCGGCUAAUUUGGGCCGCAGAGUCAGAGGGGGUUCGGUUCGGUUCGGUCGGCCUGAGGAGCAGCUCCAGUCCGCCGCAGUUCUGAUAGGGUCCUGGUUGCCAUGGAGACAGCCAAUGAAAGCGAGGUCCAGGCGGUCCCUGAUGAAGAGGAGGAGGAAGAGGAAGAGGAGGUUCGAGGAGUCCAGGCUCGGUACCUGCGCUGCCCGUCUCCUAGCUUCUCCAUGACCUCCUUGACCUCCAGGUUCUCUGAUGCCUCCUCCAUCGUCAUGGAGCCCAUCCAUCUGUCGUCGGCCAUCGCUGCCAAGAAGAUCAUCAGCGAAGAGCUGCCGCCCCGCGCCUCCCGCCCCGAGUCCGUCCCGGAGUCCAUGCUGGAGUCUGCGGAGCAGCUGAUGGUGGAGGACCUGUACAACCGGGUCCGGGACAUGCUGGACGACCGCAGCCCCUACAACACGCCCUGCGUGCUGGACAUCCAGAGGGCCGUGGUCCAGGACCGCUUGGAGGCGCCCGCCAACCCCGUGGACGAGGUCUGGCCCAACAUCCACAUCGCCGAGAAAUCCGUUGCGGUGAACAAGGCCCGUCUGAAGAGAAUGGGCAUCACGCACAUCCUGAACACGGCCCACGGUACCGGCGUCUACACCAGCCAGGCCUUCUACGCCAACAUGAACAUCCAGUACCGAGGAAUCGAACUGGACGACUUCCCCGACGCCGACAUCUCCGCGCAUUUCAGACCCACCGCAGAGUUCCUGGACGAGGCUCUGCUCACACACAGAGGAAAAGUUCUGGUUGUGUCCAUGAUGGGCGUCAGCCGGUCGGCCAUUCUGGUGGCGUCCUACCUGAUGAUCUUCCAGAACAUGACGAUCAUGGAGGCGCUGACCGCCAUCAGGAAGAAACGGGCCAUCAACCCCAACGAAGGCUUCCUGAAGCAGCUGAGAGAGUUCAACGAAACGCUGAUGGAGGAACGCGACGACGAUGACGAAACGCUCAGCCAGUGCUCCGUCAUCGACACUCGCGCCCGCAUCUUCGGUGAGGAAAAGGGUGAUGAUGAUGAUGAAGAGACAGAUGGGGAGGAAGAGCGGAGCGUGGUGAAGGUGACGGCGCAGUCCAUCAUGAUGGAGGAGGAGGAAGACGGAGAGAGCGUGAUGAGCAGCAUCGCUUCCUCUGCGGCGGCUGCGGCGCUGCGAAACGGGCCGCUCCACAACGGGGAUCAGGAACCGGGUCACCGGGAGAUGGACCUGCCGCGGCCGACGGGCACGGAGGACGGAGCUGAGGAUGACGAUGACGGCCUGGACGGCAUGAUCCGCGAGUGGCAGCGCAGAAAUGAAAAGUACCAGAGCGAGGAGUGGUGGGAGGCCCAGCUCCACGGCGAGGAGGACUCCGUCAGCGCCGGCCGUCCCAAGGCAGCGAGGCAGGAAGACGACGGGGAGAGCGUCACCAGCGAGGACAUCCGAGCUGUCAAAGAGAGACUGACGCACAGGAACAAGAGGCCCUCCUCAGACGCCACGUCCAUCUCCAGCUGCACCAGUUACUCUGACCUCUGGAAGCAGCGACUCAAAGAGAUUGAGGAACAAGCCGCGGCUCGCUACCGCAAGACAGAGGACGAUGAAGGCAGCGAGAGCACAGGGAUUGAGGGUGAAAACAAGAAGAUUGAUGCCGAGGUUGACAGCAUCCUGUCUGACACCAGCUCCAUGUACAACUUUUGCCAGAAGAAUAAGGAGAAGAUGACGCCUUUGGAGCGCUGGCGCAUCAAGAGGAUCCAGUUCGGCUGGAACAAAAAAGACCGAGAGGAUGGAGGGAAAAGUUCAGCCACUGAUGGAGAGGAGGAAAGUAAGACUCCGUCCUUCCAGGAUGUCAAUCUGACGGCGUACCAGGCCUGGAAGCUGCGGCAACAGAAACGCCUCGGUGAGGACAACACGGAGGAGAUCCUGGAGCUCAGCCGCGGCGACGACUCGGCAGCCAUCAAACGGAGGCAGAGACGUGAAGAGAUUCUGGAACGCUCUAAGAAAACCUUGGAGGAGAGUCAGUCCAUGUGUGGGUGGGAUUCAGAAAGCUGCGUCAGCGGCGGGACCAUCCCUCUGUCCGCCUUCUGGGCUGGAGCCGGGGUCACCGGCCCUCCCAGUGUCGCCAACGACGACAACAUAUCCAUGCUGAGCGGCAGGUCAUCCACCAUGUCCUCUGUUUCACAGCCUCGAAGUCCAAGAUCCACUCAGUCCGCUGGCCAAGCCCUUCCCCCAGUCCUCCCAGUCCCAGCUGUGCCGGGGCCUGCAGGUGAACCCGUGAUCAACCUCACCAGCAUUCAGAACUGGAUCGCCAAUGUUGUGACUGAAACGAUCAAGCAGAAGCAGAGUGAACUGAGCCUGCCUCCUCCAUCACGUGCUGGAUCUGAGCUCAGCUUUGGAGCGGCGCCUAGCAUGCUAGCCAGCCGCCGUGCAGGGGAUGACGGGGCCUCCUGGGUCAGCGGGGCGUCCUCCUCCAGCACUCUAUCAAAGGGUCAUGGCAGAGCAACGUCUGUCCUCUCCGGCGGCGGCAGCAUGUCUGGUCUGAGUGGGCGACGCUCCACUCUGGGGACGGACAUCGGGUCCGCUUUGGGCUCCAAGAAAACCAAGAUCACCACGACCAGCGUUCCUCUCUUCAGCCUCUUCCAAGACCAGGUCGAUCUGGGCAAACUGGACGCCAUAGAGAAGGAGAUCAAAUCUGAAAUGAGGGACAAAGGGGAAACCUAUGAGAAGAAAAAGAUCCUGGAAGACAACAAGCGCAGCACACUGUACAAGAAAAAGAAACUAAAGGAGGAUGAGGAUGAGGAGAAGGACAGGAAGAGGAAAGAGGAAGAGUUUCUGGAAGAAACAAAGAAAAAGGAGAAACCCAAAAGAAGCUACGGUCUUUCCGGCUGCCUAAAUCUCAACCCGCUGAUAGAGAAAGACCGGAACACCAGCAUUGACGACUGGCUGAGAAGUGUAAGACCUCCUCCAGGCAAACCGUCCUCAGGUGCAGAAGCUGAUCCGUCUCAGGAUCCUUACGACGACCUGGACGCCUCGGCUUCCCAGUUUGACUUCUCUGAUCACAGAGGCUCGUUCGCUGCUGAACGAGACGACGAGGAAGCAUUCGCCGAGACUUCCAGAUAUCGGCCGAGGUUCGGUGAAGAUCCGUCAGCCGAAGAUGCCGAAUACUCCUGCAACGGGUUCACACACUCCCACAGACGGGCGGGUGGGACCAGCCGGGACGGGACGGACAGCGUCUCGCCCCAUCAGAGAUUUGCUCAUCGCUCACGGUACGACGGCGGCGAAGCCGCAGGGAGGCGGGACGCCAGCAACGAGGAGGACGAGGACGUCGAGGCUUUCAUCGCUCAAACCAGACGGAGGAUCCGGGCCCGAGCCGCCGCGGAGGCCGAAGACGACGAAGUCCUCUUUGCCUGGAGGGAGCAGCAGGGAGCCAAGAAUCGGAGGAAAGUCUUGGGAUGUGAAGAAUGAGAGGUUAUCCUCUCAUUCUUCACCCUAACCCCAACCCCAACCCAACCCCAACCCAACCCCAACCCUAACCCUUUGUUUGGCUGGACAACACAAAGCUGCUGCAUCCGAUUUCCUCUGCGGCUCUGAAUAACUGUCACCACCUACUGGCCACAUGGAGGUAUUGCAGUAUUCAUUUAAUCUGCUGUCUUUUCUCAGCAGAUUAGUCUUGAAAUAUUCAGAUUAGGAGAAUAUAUUUCCACCCAAUGUUAUUAUGAAAGUAUUUAAUUCUUGUUUUAAAUGUCAAACCCAUAUAUUGUCACGAUGAGGUGAAACUACUGACAGAAGGAACAUUUUUCUGCUUUGAUUUCAUUGUUUUAAUAAAUAUUCA